UUAAUUUUCAAUUGGAUCUUCACGCAAAAAACACUCGAAAGUACAGAAAAAUAAUUCACUAUGUCUGAACAUCCCGCGCAUUUCUCUGGCGAAUUCCACGCUCGCGUCCCUCCGUCCGAGCCCAUGAUGAAAGGAGGACAUCAACCUGGCAUCAAAGUCGGCAACGACCGCCUCCCAGAAUCCCACCUCGAGACAUUCCCUCCAGGAACUGCUCCCCCCGAAUCAUCCUUCCGCCCCAAUCCCAUUUCCGAAAUCCCAGGCCAAGCCAACAACCCCGAAGUCGACGCCUCUGGCCGGUCAGACCCUCUCGACUUCCCCGGCGCCACAUCAAAAGACGUAAGCAACAGCUACGGCCGUCCCAUGCAGGGUCUCGAAGGCCGGGAAGUAGCCUCACAGCUGCCGGGCAAGAAACACACCGGCACGCGAGAGCAUCCUCACGGCCAUAAGGAAGCGGGAGCGGGACUAGGAGCUAUUGCGGCGAAUGUCAACAAGAGCGAUCCCGUGAGGGAGCAUGGGUGGGAUUUGCCCGAGGGCGUGGAGAAGGGCAUGAGGGGCAAGGUUGGUGAGAGUUUGACUGGGGCGGAGGGGGUAGAGCCCGUGAAGGCGGAUGAGGUUGCUUCGGAGAGAUUUUAAGAAAAAGAUGUGAUGAUGAUUUUGGAGUUUUGUUGAUGAAUUUGUAUUUUGUGCUCUUGCACCCGGAGUCUAAAAAGACAUUGUGUAACG